AUGUCCGGUAAUAUUCUGUGGCAGGGUUCCCACAAGGGUCCAGGCUCCAACAGCUCGCCUAUCAAAAUCAUUGCACAAGUCAGAAGAGGAAGAGGUGCUUAUUUCAAGGCCAAGUAUGCUGGCAGAGGAGGUCGUGGAGGUCAUGACGCUGGAGAUGAAUCUCGCCAGCCGCUUUCCCACCAGUCCAGCUCUACAAGUACAUCUACCUUGGCACAAUUGUCGCGCACCUUAGACUCCAUUGACGGACAGCAAUACGGUUCGUACAAACGUCUGCAGAAUGCCCGUUUCCGACACAACUCGCCGGAUUUUACGCUAUCAAUAAAUCACGUACAAGCAGAUGCAUAUGCGUCGCCUUCAAGGAUCAGUGUGUCUAUGGAUUGGAAAACCACUGGCUUUCCGGACGAGUAUGCGGCCACCGAUAUCCGUCAGAUUGCUUUGGCCGAUUACCUCUCCAGGAAUGCUGCUGCUUUCAUCCGCAAGAAACAUAUGGACCAGUCCGCAGGUUCUGGAAACUCAGGCUGGUCCGGCCCCAAAGGUGGAGCUUUCGCCAUCAACACUCCGGCCCAGGAAGUUUUGCCUCGUACCAGUGCUCUCAUAGUGCCUGGCGAAGACAAAAGUCUUGAGAUGCGCUUUACAGUAUCCUUGCCUGCUCGUGGCCGUACCAUCCUGGGUAGGGAAGCCAAAGCAAUUCUUUGUGUCAAUCUUCCGGAGCUUGUCAAGAAAGUCAUGCUUUACACAUCUCAUGUGGCUGAUGAGCUUAAAACUCACAUUCAUUCCGUUGAGGACCAAGCGUACAUGCGAUCUCAACUGGAAGCUAAGGGCUUGGUCGCAUUUGUCGGAAACGGUUCGAUACUCCCAAGAGCCAGUGGGGCUUCCAGCCGUGGUAUGAUCGGUAAGCACGUCGUGCCGUUUGAAUCGCCGCCUGGACUGGAAGUCUCCCUGAAACGUAAGCAUGGCAGCAAGGUACAUGGAAUGGGCAUUCCGAAAGGGGUGACUCUGCUCACGGGCGGCGGCUACCAUGGCAAGUCCACCCUCUUGGAGGCCAUCCAGUUUGGUGUCUACAAUUAUGUCCCUGGCGAUGGUCGCGAGUUAGUGGUCACCAAUCUUGCCGCAGUCAAAGUCCGUGCCGAAGACGGUCGCAGUGUCACUGGAACUAACAUCAGUGCCUUCAUCAAGAAUCUUCCAGGAAAGAGAGACACGGAUGCAUUCACAAGCGAUGAUGCCAGCGGCUCAACUUCAAUGGCAGCCAACAUCUCAGAAGCUCUCGAACUGGGAGCACAAGUCAUUAUGGUCGAUGAAGAUACGUCUGCUACCAAUCUCCUUGUCAGAGAUGAGCGUAUGCAAAUGCUCGUCAAGAAUGAGCCAAUUACGCCUCUUGUGUCAAAGGUGCGCGCUCUGUACGAUCAACACGGUGUCAGCACGAUCAUUGUAGUCGGAGGACUUGGUGACUGGCUCGAUGUCGCAGACAAUGUCAUUGGAAUGAACUCUUAUGCCCCUCGCAUGCUCACUGAGGAAGCGCGAGAUCUAAUCAAACAAGUCCCACGACAGGUUAUGCAAAACAAAAAGUAUGGAAAGCUAUCCGAUAAGGUUGUCGGCUUCCCGGCAGCAAUUCUCCACGACAAGACUCCAUAUGCCAAGAGAAAAGACUUCAUUCAUAUCUAUGCUGAUCGAGUGAUGCAAGACCCGUCACAGAGCGAAGCAGGUAUUGACGUAUCAGGCGUCGAGCAAAUAGUAGAUUUGGGUCAGACACGAAUGAUCGCUCACUUGAUACGUACAAUUGCUGCUGCGGAGGAUUCUGAAGGUGUCUAUCUAGCAUCGGCCUUGGCAGGCAUCGAGGCUGAGGUUGCCUUAGAGAAGGCCAUUCCAGCGAGACUGCCUGGAGGAGAUCUUGUCGCAGUCCGUCGCUUUGAGCUAGGCGCAGCUGUUAAUCGUGUCCGAGGCUUAGAGUCACGAGCAGCAAGGGCGGAGGCUCAGACGGGAGAAGGACCAAAGAAGAAGGCACGCAUUGACAUUUGA